AUGGCGGUGGCUGUCCGCGGCGGAAGAGUUGGAUCUGGUGGCGGAUCCGGGCUCCGUAACUAUUUCAGCUACAGGAUCUUCGUGUCCGCCAUGUUCACUCUCCUCUUUCUCGCUACUCUCUCCGUGCUCUUUACCUCGUACCCUUCUCACCCUGACUCUGUGAUGGAGACUUCAGGAAAUGCAUAUGCACGCCGAACAUUUCUAGCACUGCAGUCCGAUCCGUCAAAGACAAGGUUAAAUUUGAUAUAUAAUCAAGCAAAUAAUCAUAUUGCCUUAGUGAAUGCAUAUUUCACUUAUGCUAGGAGGCUCAAGCUUGAGAUCUCUAGGCAGCUUAAGAUGUUUGAUGACUUGGCUAAGAAUUUUUCGGACCUUCAGUUGAAGCCAACAUAUCGCUUAGCAUUGUUUGAAUCUGACGGGCCGGUUGAUGAGGACGUGUUGAGGCAGUUUGAAAAGGAGGUCAAGGAUAAAAUCAAGGUUGCUAGGUUGAUGAUUGCAGAAGCCAAGGAGUCCUAUGACACUCAGUUAAAGAUUCAGAAAUUGAAAGAUACAAUAUUUGCUGUUAAUGAGUCGCUUUUGAAGGCCAAGAAGAAUGGGGCUUUUACGAGCUCGAUUGCUGCAAAAUCGACUCCCAAGAGUUUGCAUUGUCUUGCAAUGCGGCUCAUGGAGGAGAGAAUUGCACAUCCUGAAAAGUACACGGAUGAUGAACCGAAGCCUGAGUUUGAGGAUCCAAGCUUAUACCAUUAUGCUAUAUUUUCCGACAAUGUGAUUGCAAUCUCUGUGGUGGUGAAUUCAGUUGUUAAGAAUGCAGAGGAACCUGAGAAGCAUGUUUUUCAUAUCGUUACUGAUAGGAUGAAUCUGGCUGCAACAAAGGUUUGGUUUAAGAUGAGGCCGAUACAAGGGGGAGCCCAUAUUGAGAUCAAAGCGGUGGAUGAUUACAAGUUCUUGAUUCCCUCAUAUGUGCCAGUUCUUAGACAAGUCAAGUCUGCAAAUUUGCAGAAGUUUUACUUUACAAACAGGGCAGAGAAUUCCACUAAAGACAUGAACAACAUGAAAUUUAGAAACCCCAAGUACUUAUUAAUGCUGAAUCACCUGCGGUUCUACUUGCCAGAAUUGUACCCAAAGCUACACAAAAUCUUGUUUCUGGAUGAUGACGUUGUAGUUCAGAAGGAUUUAACUGCCUUGUGGAGAAUUGAUAUGGACGGAAAGGUGAACUUAGCAGUUAACACUUGCUUUGGGUCUUUCCGUCGUUAUGCUGAAUAUUUGAACUUUUCUAACCCUCUCAUCAAGGAGAAGUUCAAUCCAAGGGCUUGUGCUUGGGCUUUUGGAGUGAAUAUGUUCGACCUUGAUGCUUGGCGAAAUGAGAAAUGCACUGAGCAAUAUCAUUACUGGCAGAAUUUGAAUGAGGAUCAAACCUUAUGGAAAUUAGGCACACUACCGGCUGGGUUGAUUACAUUUUACUCAACAACCAAGUCAUUGGAUAAAACAUGGCAUGUUCUGGACCUUGGAAUCAAUCCAAGCAUGCAAUUUUGGCUUGUAAAAGUGAAUUCUUACCGUAUUAACAACUACAAGGUGUUACUUUGCUCUUGUUAUCAUGUCAUGAACUAA